AUGAUCAACAACGAAAAAGCGGACCUAUUCUUGGAUUCCGGCGCCAAGGUGUCAAUUCUGGACGCCGCCUUUGCUCGUAAGGUAGGGUGCUACGUAGACGAAAGUCGACAACAAGAGUGUGUUGGUAUUGGAGAAGUCGUAUACGUGACGAAAGGACGUAUCAAGAUCAAGGUCACCCUGGCAGGAUCGCUGGUGUAUUUCUUCGAUGUUUGGGUUGGCGAAAUGACGGGCCAAGACGCGAUCCUCGACAUGGACUUUAUG